CUUCGUCUUCCUUCCCGUUAUUAAAAAAAAUUGGGAAUCACUGGAGAAAGAAUCUAACAAAGAAAUCUGGGGAGAGAAAUUCAGAAAGGUGAUUGAGAAACAACAAAAUGGGAAGCGCACCAGCCCAGAUUCCGACUAGUUUUGGCCACGAGCUUAGGGCUUGUCUUCGCUGCCGACUUGUGAAAACCUAUGACCAGGGACGCUGGGUGCGAGAAUUGUCCUUUCUUCAAGAUGGAAGAGGAUCACGAGCGAAUUGUGGAAGUUACUACCCCUAAUUUCAAUGGUAUAAUCUCUGUGAUGGAUCCAAGUAGAAGCUGGGCGGCUAGGUGGUUAAGAAUCGGGAAGUUUGCUCCUGGUUGCUACACUCUUGCUGUCUCAGAGCCACUCCCAGAGGAAAUGCAGCACUUGUGCCAAGAAGAGCGUGUACAAUAUGUUCUGCCGAAACGCAUGUGAAGCAAAGACAGACCAAAGUGUUGCUCUUUCUUAUGUUUGCUUCAUGUAACAGAUUUGUAGAAAACAUCCACUUUCACUUGAAAUAGAGUAUUGUUUCCUUUGAAACAAAAAUGAUCAUGAAUUUAUAAAUCAACAUCUCAGGGAUUUUCGACCAAAUGCUUCUUCAAGAGCAUCGCCUGUGUGUCAAAGUCUG